AUGGCAAAUUCAAAUUUUGAUAGCAGCGAAAAGGAUUACUUUAAGGUUGAAUUAGAGGAAGAAAGUGUGAUUCUCACAUUGGUUCCAGUUAGUGAGGAACCUAAUGAAGAACGUGAAAUGGAACCAAGCAUUUCUUCAAUCUCAGAAGACAACCUGAAGCUUCCUAGGACAGAUGAUGAAGUUUAUCUUCCUCAAACGAGUGAACAGUUCAAAGCUUGUCCAAAACCAAUGCUCCCCUUGCCGACCAUUUUGCCUUCAAUUAAUAAAGUGCGUUGGGACACUUUGCGGAACUGGUGCCAACAAUUUAAUUUGAGUACUGAUGGCAAAAAAAUAGACGUUUAUCUGAGGCUCAAGGAACAUGCAUACUCUGAAGAAAAACAAAACAUUCCUGAAAUACUACAGGAGUCAAGUUCAAAGAAAUGCAAGAUGGUGACCAAGAAAGCAAGGAGUAAGAAAAGUUGUAAGAUGAGUGAGAGAGAGCAAAUGACCAACAGCGUUGAAGUGAUAACUUCAGCUCAGGAAGCCAUGUUGGCAGCAUGGGCAAGACUUGCUGCAAGAGCCGUUCAACCUAAGGCUAUGAAUUCAUGUCCCAUUCCUGCUUCUGCUGAGAACUUUCUGCUGCAAACCUCUGGUGUCAGGUGGUGUGUGGUCCACGGCAGACCUCUCUUGGCAGACAGAGAGGGUUGGGUUCGCCUGCAGUUCUAUGCAGGUCAGGCGUGGGUGCCUGACCCUCCCAAGAAGAUGAUCUCUCUCUUCCUGUUGCCGGCCUGCACUUUCCCAUACCCAGACCUAGAAGAUAAUAUGUUAUGCCCCGAUUGUGUUAAAAGGAAUAAGAGGAUGAUGGAAAGAUUAACUACAAUGAAGAAGUAGAAGCAACCUGGUUUGAACACAAUCAUAUCAUUCCUUUUGGAUUGGCCAUGUCUUAAUAAAGAAUAAACGGUGGAUAGAUAGCUCACAGAUACAUUGAUUUGUAUCCCAGUGAUUGCUGUGCCCUGUCCUGGCCAUCCUCAGUGUUGCCUGAUGCCUGGAGUACA